UGGUGGGAUGACGGUUUCUUGAUCGGCGCCUUUGUGGCCCUUCUCACCGAGUGCGGACUGAUAAUCGCCAUGGUCGAACUAGGAUACGGGAAACAUAUUUGGGACUUUGAUCAGGCCAAUGUCCCUCAAUGGGUGCUCCUCUCCAACUGCAGAACCACCUUUACCGUUGUCGCCGCGUGUUGGAGCAAGACAUCGUUUGGAAUCACCCUGACUCGCAUCACCGAUGGAUGGACCAAACGCUUCAUAUACAUCCUGCUUGUUUCCAUGAACAUCUUCUUGGGACUGAGCGGCCUCUUCCCAUGGGUUAACUGCACCCCGAUUAAGAAGUCGUGGAGCCCCUUCACUGAGGGAACAUGCUGGCCUUCCAAGACGCUGGUCCACUACAAUAUUUUUUCUGGAGCAUACUCGGCGGCCUGCGACAUUAUUCUCGCUCUCUUACCAUGGACGGUGCUGCGGACUCUCCGAAUGGCAAUGCGGGAGAAGCUCGGUGUUGGUUUAGCUAUGAGUAUGGGGAUAUUUGCCGGAAUCACUGCUAUCAUAAAGACGAAAAAUCUGACCCUCCUUCUCAAAAGCGACUUUUACGAAUCCGUUCAGCUUACCAUCUGGGAUACUGCCGAGAGUUCUGUGACCAUCAUGGCUGCGUCGAUUCCUGUGCUCCGCGUCCUUAUCCGAGAAGCAAAGUCAUCCGCUCGAAAGUACUACCAUGCCGAAGAUGGACAUAACACAUACCAUACUCAAAUCGUGUCUCACAGGACUCACACGUCGGGGCUGCAGACGCCACGAAGUGCGCAAGAUCCAACAGCAGAUGACGGGAGCGACAAAGGCAUUCUUAAUCCCCACAAGGGAAUAUUUUGUACUAAUGAGGUUGCUGUCGAGUAUCAUCCAAAAGAGGCGACGGAGACUUACGAGAUGAAGGCAUAUGGAUCCGGGUCAUCAUAG